UAUCACUAACUACCAACUACGUGCACACGCUCAUACACUCACUCAAGCACAUGUGAAGUUACUCGCAAGGUCUCCAAGCUUGAUCAUUAUUCCCCAUAAUGCAUUAUUCUCUCUUAUUGUAUUUGCUGUGAAGUUUACAUCGUUGCUAUAACCGAUUUUAAUAGUGGAAUUCUGCCCGGGAAAGCUGUAGUGGUGAAAUGUAUUUAAAGGCUCUCGGAACGAUGAGCGUGUCAGUAUCGCUAUAGGACGCAGGCUGCUAGCGAGAGAUAAAGCAGAGUAAAUCUGAACCCGUACAUAUCACCUCAUUUGUUGAACAGCAUGGCAUCUCUCGACGUCAUGCAACGCUCUUCCACGUCGCCAUAGUAACGAUCAACUUGAUAGAAGCUCGGACUGCCGAUCACCAAGUCGAAAGCUCCAUGCUCCACGUGCUCUCCAUUUGUCCCAGGCCCGUGGAGCACAAACCAAUAUAACUAAGAAAAGCAACAAUUCUUCUGGUUGCGUCUGCGCACAUAGUCAAAGUACAGAAGAAAUUCAUUUUGUCCAAGCUAAACCUGCAACCAAUCAUUUGCUUGAAUACAAAAUCCAGCAUGCUACUAUCCUCGUGAUCAGACACACUCCUUUUAGAGAGUGCAUUCUUCAUCCUACUUCAGAUGGAUAAAAUUCACGGCAAGUCUACAGGAAGAAACACGUGACUCAGCAAGUCCUAAAAAUUGUUUUUCUGACACAAAACUGUCUCAAUAUAUGGUGGAUAAUUUCCACUACGCGCUCGCGAGGCUGUUUACUUACUUAGAUAUUUUCCUUGUCUAUAAUCUGACUCGACUUCAAUCCAGCCUCCUGAACUUUUAAUGUUCUUUUAUUAUGAACACAAAAAAUGUUGGAGCACUUUAAAAAAACAGCAACAUAAUACUCGAAACGGACUUGAAAAUUUAGAUGAUACUUUGCGUAUAUUUUGAAGUUUCUGUUUCAACUUAUUGUGGCUCUGGUCGAAGUAACACAACAUUCUUGUGUGAAAAUUGAUCUUAGAAGACUCUUUGGUAAGGAGUAAAACACUGGUUUCACCUAUGGUUAGGUUGCCAAUAGCAAAAGACUGAAACCCCAUUAACAGUGCUAAUUAAGCCUUGUAACAUAAAAUAACUUCUGAUAAGCAGGUUAAAGAGUUUAUUAAGCCUGCAUUAAUAAAAGUGGAACAUUUAAACAAAAAGAUCUGAUGUCAGUUCCACUUUUGUUUUAAUGUGAAGUCUAAAUAAUACCUGUAAGCAUCGCCCCUGAGUCAACGUUUUGGAAAAAGGCAGUUGACAAGUCAGUCCUUGUUGAAAGUAACGGAGAAGAACUGGCUUUGUCACAUAAGUCACGUUCUUAAGAGCCUUUCGAAACGAUUCCUGCCACCUACGCUUCAGUAUCGAAGAUGGUUCGUGACCAAUCAGCGGUGGUAUCGGUAACUCCCGGCGGGUCCGACACCCACGCUGGCCUCGGACAUAAGAUGGAAGAAAUUAAGUUCACUACUGAGGAGCUGUCCCGGCGAUACAGUAAUAAGUGUCUUUGGUGGGGCAGACGGACCGGCUUCGAGCGCACUCUGGUGGUCAUAUCAAUUUUUCUCUUCGUCGCAUGUAUGGUUUUGGUAUUAGUUAACAUACUGAUCGAAGUGAAAGUAAGAAACCAAGCGAAAACAGCACCCAAAAUUUGCAACACGGGGGAAUGUAUUCAUGCAGCUUCGAGAAUUCUGGAGAGAAUUGACCCAACGGCUGACCCCUGUAAUGACUUCUACCAGUUCGCGUGUGGUAGCUAUGUAGAAAAGAACACAGUUCCUGAUGACCACUUCAUCCGGUCACUGAUGCAGACCAUGCAAGAUGAUCUUAUGGUCAAGGUCAAGAAGCUUCUGGAGGUCCCUGUCAAAUUUGAGGAUGGUGAAGCUAUUAGCAAGGCGAAGAUGUUGUAUUCGUCCUGUAUGAACACCAGCAGCGUAGAGGACGGGUCUAUCGUACAACUACUGGAACUUCUGUCGGAGACAGGUGUGGGCGAGUGGCCAUCUCUAAUACCAGGAUGGAAUAAGACAGACCUUGGGUUAGAAUGGCGACUGGCAAGGCUUCACUUCCACCAAGUUGAACCAUUCUUUCAUUCAUACAUUUCUCGAGAUGAUAAGAAUUCGUCCAAUUUCCUACUACACCUACACAGCGAUACUAGCGUACUCAGCCCUGACUACUAUCUAAACGCAACAGAGGAGAACCAGGCAUAUAUUCAGCUCUACAGAGAACUAAUAACUGAGACCUUGAGACUUUUUAACGCAGAUUCUCAACAGGCCGCUAAGGACGUUGAAGAUAUGAUUGCUUUUGAAACCGAAUUUGCAAAGCUUGCGAAGUUGAGCUACUCACAAAUGGCUUUUAUGAAUGAUUCUCUGGAUGAUUAUUUAAACUUUGACCGAAAAACCUUGAGCGACCUUGAACAGAUCCUACCAGAUAUUCGUUGGUCGGAGUUAAUGCGCAACCUGCUGAGUCAGGCUAACAUCACUGUUGAUGAAAUUGAUUUACACCUGGUGUUACACUGUGAAGACUUUCUUAGGAAUACGUUUGCUCUCAUAAAUGAUACGUCUCCAAGAACUGUGGGGAACUACCUCUCGUGGAGAUUUGUCAUAAAGUAUAUGCGUUACUUGGACAUUCACUUCCGCCGACUCUAUUAUGAUUUCAAACGAGAAAUUCCACACUCUUCCGACGAACGGACGUUCUUUACGCGAUGGAAAGAAUGCGUUUCUCUGGUUCAAAAUAAUGGUUUUGGCAUGGCACUGGCAGCUCUCUUCGUUCGACAUGAGUACACUGAGAAAAUCGACAGAGAAAUUAAAGAAUUAAUCGUUGCUGUAAAGUUAGCCUUCAGCCAACUCAUAAAAGCCCAGGGUUGGCUCGACAGUGAAACGACUGGAAGGUGUGAAAAGCAGCUAAAAGAGAUGAAGGAGAAAAUUGCCUACCCGAGCUAUAUCCUUGAUUCUGAGCAGCUCAGCCAUGACUAUAAGGGGCUGGAAAUUAAACCUGAAGAUUUUCUGGAUAACGUCUUAAGGAUGAACCGUUACGAGAUGAAAAAAGAAUUAGAAAAAAUGACCAGGACUGUAGACAAAGAAAAGGAUUGGUAUGUACAGCCUUUGAUGGUCAAUGCCUUCUACCAAUCCUCCGGAAAUGACGUCAUUUUCCCGGUGGGCAUUCUACGUCCUCCAUUGUUUGUGCCUGGUCGUCCACAAUACCUGAACUACGGAUCUCUGGGUAUCGUUAUUGGUCACGAGCUAGCUCAUAGCUUUGACACAAGUGGUAGGAAGCUGGACUUGUCAGGAAACUCGACACAGUGGUGGUCUGAAGAUGUAAGAGAAAUCUUGCAGGAAAAGGUCGCAUGUUUUGUUGAACAAUAUUCUAAAUUUCCGCUCAAAGAAGUGGGUCAAAAUGUGGAUGGCAACCAUACCCUUCAAGAAAAUAUCUGUGACCACUCUGCUGUACAACAGGCUUAUUUGGCUUACCUGAACUAUGUGGCGAAACAUGGACAAGAAGCUGGUUUGCCAGGAGUUGAAUAUACCAACCAACAAAUUUUCUUUAUUCAGUUUGCCCAGGUCUGGUGUGAAGUAUUGAACAAAGAUGGAUAUAUUAAAUACACCACAGAUGGCCAUAGCCCAGGACAGUAUAGGGCGAAUGGGGCACUUCAGAACUCUCCAUUCUUUGCUGAAGCUUUCAGAUGUUCUUUGGGCUCGCCAAUGAAUCCUGAGAACAAAUGCGGACUUUGGGGCUGAUUGGUCACCAAGGAAAAGAAGUGUCGCCCAAUUGACUGGUGUUAAAGUAAUAUUUUAUCAUCGACUGGUUGCUACUGAUAACAAGACAAAUGCUAAUUGGAUGCCAUAAGCAACGGUUUUAACAUCAGAUCCGCUGUGUAUAUAGUAUAACAAUAGACAAAAUCAUACUUACUGGAUUUCUUUUGACAGUGAAAUUUGUUGAAAACACCAUCUACAAAUUAUUUACAAAAUUAAAGAUGAAAAUAACUUUUAAAUAAUGCUAAAAGAAAUGUUUAAAAAAUGCAUUAGACUAUUUGCCAUUGGUCAGGCUUGUUUAACAAUAUUAGUAUGUUCAAUAUGUACAACUUAACAGAAAUACGUGCUACUUUUGGCACUAAUUUGAAAAUAUUAAUUGCUGUCUAGAGCAUGAUAAUAAUCUUAUAUUUAACAAUCUUCAAUUUGAAAUUUUUAAGCCCAAUAUUUUGAAUAGACACUAUUACUAUUUCAUUUACUACAGGACUACGAUGUUACGUAUUUGGGAAAUAGACAAGCUAUAGUUUAAAACUAAUAAUAAAAAUGAUGUACAAUCUCUUCUUUUAGAAGUCAGAUGAAUCUUACGUUAUUAACAACUUACGAUCAAAACACAUAUACCAGGACUUAAAAGUGUUUUAUAAGAUAACGAAAUCAAUCAUGUACAACUAACAGACCUGAUGUAAUUAAUGGCAUAUCAGUAUAUCAGAAAUCUGAAACUUAUAAUAAUUAGACUUGUUGAAUUUUCAGUUGAAUAUCUUUGAAGUUAAUGAUACUUUUCAACAGUAAUUCCAAUUCAACUGUAAUGCAACUCAUGAUGAUCGGCCAGCUUAGGAGAUUAGGCUAUUGUCUAUGUAGUUAAGCCAACAGUGCAAGGUAAUUUAAAUAAGCUUAAAAAUUAGUUUACAAAAUGCAUCCAAAAUUAUCUUAAACACUGUAAUCAAUUAUUUUAACGAAACUACCUGUAAUAAAAACAGGCAGGUGAAGGUAAGAAAGCAGUAAUAGUUAGAAAAACCCUACAUCUCACACUCUGUGCAAUACAAAAAAAUUUUUUUAAAUCAUUGGCGCUAAAUGAGUUUUUUUUUUUUUUUUGUCAAGUGAAUUUUGAAAGGUGGCUAACAGCAGUCGAAACACAGCACAAUCCAAUUUCAAAAAAAGCUCUUGUCAAACUCUCCUAACAUUUGUACAUUUCUAUCUAACCUUAUUCAGUAGAUAAUAUUGUAGAAGUUCUAAGAAUGUAAAUAUCUCCUAAAAUACAUUUUAAUCUAACCUUAUUAUAGAAGAGAAUCUUGUAUAAAUUCUCCUAACAUAUAUACAUUUUAAUCUAACCUUAUUCAGAGAAGAAUAUUGUAAAAGAAAAAAAAAGAGACAAUUUACAGAAUGAGUGUUACUUAAUAUCAUUAAGUAUGUCUUGUGGAUAGUAACAAUAAUGCUUAAUUAUUAAGUUAUAUUCUAUGCUUAUAUUUGAAGUAUAGUAUAUUUGUUUGCAAGGUAAAGUGUAACAUUUUAGCCUUUAAAAGCAUAUUGGCACAGGAUCCCUUUUCAAUCAGUGAAUUAGAUAAAGACAUUAUUUUAAUCUUAAUAUUGUGUAUUACUUAACUUAUAUAUAUAUACGUACGUAUUACUUAACUUAUAUAUCUACGUACGUACCAAUCUCUAGGUUGUGUAUUUCUUGAAUUCUUAUCUACGCGUGCACCAGUUUCUACUUUGUAGACUUCUUCAAUCCUUAUCUAUGUGUGUGUACCUAUCUCUAAGUUAUGGAUUAUUUUAAUCCUUAUCUAGACGUGUUCUUAUCUCAAGGUUGUGAAUUACUUAAAUUCUUACAAGUGUAAUAAUAUAUUGUACUAUAAUAUAAAAAUUAAUAUGUGUUCUCCACACAAAUUAUGAGAGGAAAAAUCGACGAACCACAAACAACAGUUAGCAUGUUCUACUGUUUGUAUUUUAUUCUCUAUUUUAGAUACCAUAUUAGUUGAAUGGGUAAACGACUCCUAAUUUUAGAAUAAACGUUUAUGGAAUUGGGUUUUAACAUUAUGCUUGUACGUGCACUGGUCACAAGUAACUGUCAGUUUUGUUUGUUAAUCAUAAAGCUACAAAUGGGCUAUGUGUGAUGUGCCCACCACGGGUAUCGGAACCCGGUUUUUUAGCGUUAUAAGCCUUCAUACUUACCGCUGAGCCACAGUCUGAACACUUGUCCGUGUAGCGUGACUAGAAAAUAUUUUAAGGUUUAUAGGUAGAAUAGGCUACACAUUAUAAUUUGCUUGGACGUUUCAGUAUUAGAUUCAUACGCACAACAUUGUACGUACAUGUACUUCCCUUUUGGAUACUCAAGAUCUUAGAUUACACUAAUAUUUUCUACUAAUUUAGGUACAAUAAAGAACUGGUUAAUUUCGGUCUCAAAAUUAAAAAAAGAGAAGUUGAAAACCCUUAUCAUUCGUUCAUUUAAAUCUGUUCAAAAUGCCGAGAGCUUGUGGAAUUUUUAUCAUAGGGUUGGGAAAUGAAUAUUUACCAGGAAACUAUUUGGGUUAACAUGCUGUAGUUUUAUUAAGCUACUCUUACAGAACUAGAAAAGGAGUGGCUUGUAUAUUGCACUUGGCUAGACUGAGAUUUGAUACAAGUUCCUCAGACUGCGAGAGAAAUAUUGAAGAAAACCCUCUUUAAACUAUGAACAUUAAUUGCUCUUAAUCGGUUACCAUUUUUAUGAAUCUAAAACGGUGUUAUAUCAGAAUUGUCCGUCAGGUUGUUCUUACAAUGAUGAAUUUGCUCUUUAAAUAAUUUAUUGAUAUAGGACUUGUAUGUGACGAUUUGAAUGAAUUAAGUGCAAAUGUAUAUAUCUGUUUUUAGAGCAGAUUUCAUGUAGUUAUGUUUAAUAUUUCAUUCUACUUUUUACUAACACACCUUUCUUUUUCAAUUAUGUCAUUCUACUUUUCACAAAUACACCUUUCUUUUUUCAAUUAUAUCAUUCUAUGAACUGUCCUUUAUUUUUCAUCUAAAGCAGUAUAUCAACCACGUACAUGUACACAAUCAUGUCUUUUAUUUCUUACAGGAGUACUGUUAAAACUAAUUGUUGCACUUGGAAGUUUUUGAAAUACCAACGUGAUAGUUUAGGCUUUAUUUUGUGUGAUAAAUACAGGUAGACUUAUAAGUCAAUCUUCAAGUAGUUUCUAAUAAAAUUACUGUUGCAGUGAGACAUAGUCUCUUUCUAUUAUAUUAUAUAUAUAUUAAACUUUAUUACAAAUAUGUGUCUAUGUAUACUCAAAGAUAGUAACAACGUUUAUAUUAUAAUGACACAAUACGAAGAUUAUGAACCUAAAAACUGAAAAAAGUGUUUAGGUUACUAAACAUUCAGAAAAUUAACAAAAUUAUUUCUUCUAUUUCCAGUGUGAUAAGCAAAAGCCAUUUGAUGUUUUUAUUGUGGUUAUCUUGUAUCCAAAAACAAAUAAGUUAAACAUUAGUUCUGUAUGUGCUGUUGAAAUUUAUAUAUACAUUAGUCUCUUUGAAUUAAAUUAAUUCCUACUAAUUCUUGAUCCAUCACAAUGAUAACAAGAGUAAGCAAUACCUGAUUUAUUAUAAUGAUAUCAAAAUCAAGUAAUACCUGAUUCAUGACAAUGACAGCAAGAUCAUCAAUUCUGGGCAAUGAGAUCAUGAUAGUUUAUAUUUGAUGUGAUUAGAGUUGAGGGUGACGAAAGUUUAAACUCCUGGGCAAUAACUUGAGUUUUCCAAAAAAUGCUUUGUAGGACUUGCAUCUUAACAAGCUCCAGAACUACAUAGAGAUCAAACUUUUUUGGACUAGAUGUUUAGAAAAUAGAUACGACCGAAAUAGGUAACUAUUUAUUAAUGUUAUUUUUUUCUGAUUGAUGAAAAGAAUGAACAACAGUAUAUAUGUAUAAACCUUUACUAUUUAAAUAGAGAAAUCGUAGAGACCACUCUUUGUUAAAUGGAUAUUGUUAGUGAUGUCAAACUUGUACAUAAACAAUCUUUGAAAAGAAUGAAUAAUAUAUAUAAAAACUUUACUAUUUCAAUAGAGAAUCAUAGAGUCCACGCCUUGUUAAAAUUGAUAUUGUUAGUGAUGUCAAACUUGUACAUGAACAAUGUUUCAAAUAAAUAAAUAAUAUAUAUAAAAAACCUUUACCAUUUCAAUAGAGAAUCAUAGUGUCCACGCCUUGUUAAAAUUGAUAUUGUUAGUGAUGUCAAACUUGUACAUAAACAAUAUUUCAAAAGAAUGAAUAAUAUAUAUAUAUAUACAAAACCUUUACUAUUUCAAUAGAGAAUCAUAGAGUCCAUGCCUUGUUAAAAUUGAUAUUGUUAGUGAUGUCAAACUUGAACAUGAACAAUAUAUCAAGAUAACGUACAAUGACUUAACACUAGCUUGGUCAUUUUUCUUGAAUACCAGUUUAUUGCUGUUAGUUUUGUUGUAGUUAAUAAAUACUGCAAAUAUUAUAAGUUUAGAACUUGCUUUGUUAACAUGUGUCUAACCAACAGUAAUGUAUGUUAAUAUUUUGUACUUAAAAUGUUUAAUAAAUGUUCAUGUUGCUGU